UCUCACUACUAAGUUUGCUUCCGCGCCGUUUCGAGCCGGCUGCUCUGAGAAGCCGGCUCCAACUCCGCGGUGUGCCCUCUCCUGUGGAGUCCUUGGCAGCAGCCGAGAGACCGGGGACUGGUCCCUUUCUGGGCUGUACAAAAAGUUGAGGCGGGCGCGGGGAGGAGGCGGUGGCUGCCGCGGUGCAGCUCCCCUCCCCUCCCCUCCCACACCCUGUCCCGGCCGCCUCCUCUCCUCCUCUCCGGCCCCCGGCCCCCUCCCCUCGCGGGUCUCCCCUCACUCCCGCGCCUCCCGGCCGAAGGCCGCGGCCCCUGCACCUCCGGGUGAAAGAAGCGCUUCUCCUCCUUGACAUGGUGCAGAGCGCAGGAAGGAGAGCAAUGGCGCCGUGACACUCGGCUGCCGCCACCGCGGAGACCGAGACGGUAGCUCGUUGAACUGGAACCCCACAGAUCACCAGUAAAAAUGAAGGCGGCUGAUGAGCCUGCCUACCUGACAGUGGGAACUGAUGUCAGUGCCAAGUACAGAGGUGCCUUCUGUGAGGCAAAAAUUAAGACUGUGAAAAGGCUGGUAAAAGUUAAGGUACUCCUGAAACAGGAUAAUACUACACAAUUGGUGCAAGAUGACCAAGUAAAGGGUCCUUUAAGAGUUGGUGCUAUUGUUGAAACAAGGACAUCUGAUGGAUCCUUUCAGGAAGCUAUUAUCAGCAAGUUGACAGAUGCUAGUUGGUAUACUGUCGUGUUUGAUGAUGGUGAUGAAAGAACAUUGAGACGUACCUCACUUUGCCUAAAAGGAGAGAGACAUUUUGCUGAGAGCGAGACACUUGACCAGCUCCCAUUAACAAAUCCAGAACAUUUUGGAACUCCAGUUAUUGCAAAGAAGACAAACAGAGGAAGGAGGUCUUCUCUUCCUAUUACUGAAGAUGAAAAGGAGGAGGAGAGCAGUGAAGAGGAAGAGGAAGAUAAGAAACGUCUCAAUGAUGAAUUAUUAGGAAAAGUUGUAAGUGUUACAUCUGCAUCUGAAAAGACAGAAUGGUAUCCAGCUCUGGUAGUGUCUCCCAGCUGUAAUGAUGAUGUCACAGUGAAAAAGGACCAGUGUCUAGUUCGAUCAUUCACUGAUUCUAAAUUUUAUUCUAUAGCAAGAAAGGACAUCAAAGAAGUGGAUAUUCUUAAUCUACCUGAAUCUGAACUCAGUGCUAAACCAGGACUCCAGAAAGCAAGCAUCUUCUUAAAGACUAGAGUUGUUCCUGAUAAUUGGAAAAUGGACCUAAGUGAAAUCCUUGAGUCAUCCAGUAGUGAUGAUGAAGAUGGCCCAGCUAAAGAAAAUGAAGAAGAAGAGAAGGAAAAAGAGGACAAAAAGGAAGAGGAGGAGGUGCCUGAGGAAGAACUUGAUCCUGAAGAGAGGGACAACUUCCUCCAACAGCUUUAUAAGUUUAUGGAAGACAGAGGUACUCCAAUCAACAAACCACCUGUCUUAGGCUAUAAAGAUCUCAAUCUCUUCAAACUCUUCAGACUGGUUUAUCAUCAAGGUGGAUGUGACAGUAUUGAUAGUGGUGCUGUAUGGAAGCAAAUUUAUAUGGACCUUGGCAUUCCUAUUUUGAAUUCAGCUGCUUCCUACAAUGUAAAAACUGCUUAUAGAAAGUAUCUCUAUGGUUUUGAGGAGUACUGCCGUUCUGCAAAUAUUCAGUUCAGAACUAUUCAUCACCAUGAACCAAAAGUAAAAGAGGAAAAAAAGGACUUAGAAGAACCAAUGGAAGAAGCUAUGAAAGUAGACCAAGAAAUGCCUUUAGUAGAAGUGAAAAGUGAACCUGAGGAAAAUAUUGAUUCAAACAGUGAAAGUGAAAGAGAAGAAGUAGAAUCAAAAUCUCCAAGAGGACGAAAGAGAGUUGCUCGAGAUUCAAAUUCUAUUAAAAAAGAUAUUGAAGAAGAGAGAACAGAAGACAAAUUAAGAGACAAUGAUAUGGAAAAUAAGGAGGUAGAUGAAGACUAUGAAAAUGUGGAGAAAAAAGAAAAUGAGCUACUACUGGGGAAAAAAAAUACGCCAAAGCACAAGGAGAAGAAAAUUAAAAAGCAGGAGGAUUCUGACAAAGACUCAGAUGAAGAGGAAGAGAAAAGCCAAGAGAGGGAAGACACUGAAAGCAAAUGUGACUCUGAAGGGGAAGAAGAUGAAGGAGACUCAGAACCUUGCCUAACAGGAACCAAAGUGAAAGUAAAAUAUGGACGAGGAAAAACACAGAAAAUCUAUGAAGCUAGUAUUAAGAGCACAGAAACUGAUGAUGGUGAAGUUUUAUACUUGGUACACUACUAUGGAUGGAAUGUCAGGUAUGAUGAAUGGGUGAAGGCUGACAGGAUAAUCUGGCCUUUGGACAAAGGUGGACCAAAGAAAAAACAGAAGAAAAAAGCUAAAAAUAAAGAAGACAGUGAAAAGGAUGAAAAAAGGGAUGAGGAGAGGCAGAAGUCAAAACGGGGACGACCUCCUUUAAAAUCUACCCUUUCUUCAAGCAUGCCAUAUGGUUUGUCUAAGACUCCGAACAGUGAAGGAAAAUCAGACUCUUGUUCAUCUGAUAGUGAAACAGAAGACCUUUUAGAGAAGAGCCUGAUGAAUGAAGAACUAUCUCCUGAGUUUAAAGAAGAACUAGAAAAAACCGAAAAUCUAAGUGAUGACAAACUAGGUGAAGAAAAUACAAAGAUUGCUGCACACAUAUUAAAAGAAAAUAAUAGGACUCAGAUGCAGUCUUUAGAAACUCUGAAAUUAGAAGGUGGAGAGAAUGAACAAAUAAUACAAAUUUUUGGAAGUAGAAUGGAACAAAUAGAAGAUAUUAAAAAAGAAACAGAAAAAUCCCCUAAGGGAAAAGGAAGACGAAGUAAGACAAAAGAUGUUUCUUUAGAAAUUAUAAAGAUUUCUUCAUUUAGCCAGGAUGAAGCAGGAAGUGAACCUCAUAUAGAGACUCAGAGUCUAGAAUUUUCUUCAUUAGACAAUACAAACUUUCCUUCUACUACUGAAGAUGAAAUUGACCAAUGUACAAAAGAGAAAAAGUUGAAACGGAAAAUACCAGGACAGUCAUCACCAGAGAAAAAAAUAAGGAUUGAAAAUGGAAUGGAAAUGACAAAUACUUUAUCUCAAGAAAGGACUGGUGAUUGUGUUGUAUCCGAGGGAGUGAAGAACUUAAAUUGUGAACAACACUUUGAAAUAGAAAAUGAAGGAAUGCCAUCUUUAAUUGCAGAGUCAAGCCAGUGCGCUCAAGAAUUGACUAGUGAAAAGUGUGAGAGUCUAGCUGAAGAAACUGUAAAUAUCCCACUAAAAGAAGAAGAGGAUUCAAUGCCUCUGAUCGGCCCUGAAACCCUGGUUUGCCAUGAGGUAGAUUUGGAUGAUUUGGAUGAAAAGGAUAAGACCAAUAUUGAGGAUAUAGUAGUUGAAAGUUCUGAGUGUAACUCUCUUGUGUCUAUUCCACCUGCCCUACCUCCUGUAGUACAGCAUAACUUUUCUAUAGCUUCACCUCUUACUCUCAGUCAAGAUGAAUCUCGGAGCAUAAAAAGUGAAAGUGACAUAACCAUUGAAGUUGAUAGUAUUGCUGAAGAAUCACCGGAAGGUCUCUGUGAGAGGGAAUCAGCAAAUGGAUUUGAAGCCAGCAUUACCUCUGGUACCUGUAGCAUAAUUGUUCAAGAGAGAGAUAGCAGAGAGAAAGGUCAGAAAAGACCAAGUGAGGGGAAUAGUGGACUACUGACAAAAAAGCAAAAACGUACUCCAAAGCGAACAAGUGCUGUAGCCAAAAAUGAAAAGAAUGGAACAGGGCAAAGCAGUGAUAGUGAAGAUCUUCCUGUCCUAGACAAUUCAAGUAAAUGUACCCCAGUAAAACAUCUUAGUGUGUCUAAGCCACAGAAGCUUACACGAUCUCCUGCAAGAAUAUCUCCUCACAUUAAGGAGGGGGAAAAAGAUAAACACAGAGAAAAACAUCUGAAUUCAUCCCCUAGGACGUAUAAAUGGAGCUUUCAACUCAAUGAAUUAGAUAAUAUGAACAGUACAGAGAGAAUUUCUUUUCUCCAAGAAAAACUACAGGAAAUCAGAAAAUACUACCUGUCUUUGAAAUCUGAAGUUGCAACCAUAGACAGGAGGAGAAAAAGAUUAAAAAAGAAAGAUAGAGAAGUGUCUCAUGCAGGAGCCUCCAUGUCAUCUGCUUCGUCAGACACUGGAAUGAGUCCUUCAUCAUCCUCUCCCCCACAAAAUGUACUUGCUGUAGAAUGCAGGUGAUAAACAUUUUCUCUGCCUCCCCAGCAAUUUGCUGCCAUGGACAUCAACCCCUGAACCCUGAAAUAGAACCACAGAAAAGCACUCAACUGGCUUGACAUUGCUAAGUAUAUCCUGUCUAUGUUUCCAGGCUGGAUUGCAUCUAUUUCCUCCUUCUCCUUCUUCUUUUUCUUCUCUCUCUCUCUCUUUUUUUUUUUUUUUCUGUUGCAAAAGAAAAAAAAUGAGCUGAUUAAUAAUCGAAGGUUUGGCAGCCUGCCAUAUUUGUAAUAAUUUUUCCAACUGAAUUUUUUUUCCUUUUUUUUUUUUUUUUGUGAAGCUAGAAAAAGGGCACUUAGCAAAUUUGUAUUUGUAUAAUAAAGCUUUCAGGUAUUAUAGAAAUCAUAGACAAGCAAGUGCACAUAACAAACAUCAAAAUAAUACAGCUGAAUAGUUACUGCUGCACUUUCACUAAGAUGUAUUUAAACACUUGGUGAGUAGGGGGUUUAAUUUUUGGUGGUUUUUUUUUUUUUUAAUUUUUAUUUUUGUGGAAGCACUUGCUAUUUAGAACUGCCAAAGUAUAUGUUCAGCAGUGUGCCCAGGCUUAAAGAUGUAAAUGGGACAAAAUAAAUUGUGAAAGGAAGUGUAGUUGACUGAAAACUACAGUUGUAAUAAGUCUUCCACUUUUUAUAGGAUUUUUGAGCACACAAUUAUGCAAAUAUUUUAAUGUUUAUUAAUGUUUACAGUGGAAUUGUGAAUAAGUUUUCAGUGGACUAUCUUAUCCCUUGACAAAAAUAUUUUGUCUUUUUUCUAUGUAAUUUCAGAGUUUUUAUUUUGUUACAAAAAGACAAAAAUGAAAUAUAUAACAACAAUGAAGUUAUUUAACAAGAUUUCUAAAGCUGAAAUUUUUGUGUAAAAUAAGGUAUUAUCUUGCAACUUGUUAAAUAUAUUUAUUCAGACAUUGGAUGUUGUAUUUUUAUGUAUUUUUUAAAAUAUUAAUAAAAUUGAAAAAAAGAAUUCUAGGUUAAUUUACUCUUUGGAUGACAGUAGCUCUCAGCUGUUCCUUUGACAGGUGGUUGCACCCAGCAGCUUGGCCUGUACUGACGGGAGUCUAUAUCAGUCUUUCAAACAGUAUAGAACUAUAAAUGGGCAUCUGGAUCAUUAAAUGUCCUCAUUUAGAAACUUUGGCAGUCCUAGUACUUAAACUGUUUUAAAGAUCAAAAAUUUGGUUGCCCUUAGGAUAUUUUUGUCACAGUUUUUAUGUUUGCUAUACUGCCGAAUAAAUUUAUAUCUCCCAAAGUUGAGAUGCAACAAAUAAAACAACUAUGUAUGCUUCUUUGUCUGUGAAUUGUUCCACAGACUGAUGCAUUUUGUAAAUAAAUCCAAAAUCAUGUAUUUAAAGCAAUUUUUCCAUAUACAUUAUGUAAAAAUGAUUUUUUUAAUCAGUUUUUAAAUUCAUGUUUGUACAUUGAAGAUCUUUUUUUUAACCUCCUUUUCUGUGUUUAAUAUGCUGUAGAAUAAUAACCUAGAUGCUCUCGACUGUGUAUCAGGAUCUGAUUUAUAAGAACAAAGUCAGAGCUAAACACUAGUGAUGGCAUAGCAUUAUUAAAAUCAUUGCUUUUUUUAAAAAUUUCAUUUCAUUUACCACAUUGUGAACUUGUGACUCAGAUUCCAUUUUCGCAAAGAAUUAAAAACAAAAAAGUAAAUCUUAUAAAAUGCACUUUCCUGUCUUUUCUUUGCAAAGCAGUAUUUCAAUGUAAAAUAAGAAUGGAGCUCAGUGGGCAGUAUUAAUAAAGGCCAUGUUUUAAACAUA